AUCAAAUCCCGGCUAGUUGUGAACCCCUACCUUUUUCCUGAUCCCUACCAAAAUAAAAAACCCUAAGCCCUUCUCUCCCUCUCUAUAUCUGCACACAUUUUUGGUUUCGGCGGAGUCGCGGCGUGUAACAGCAACAUCAAGCGCAGCAGCCAUGGGUAUCGAUCUGAAAGCCGGUGGCAAGAGCAAGAAGACCAAAAGGACCGCCCCCAAAUCCCAAGAUAUCUAUCUCAAGCUCCUCGUCAAGCUGUACCGUUUUCUUGUGAGGAGGACGGGAAGCAAGUUCAAUGCUGUGAUACUGAAGAGGUUGUUCAUGAGCAAGGUCAAUAAGCCUCCUAUCUCUCUCUCUCGCUUGAUUCGUUUCAUGCAGGGAAAGGGCGAAAAGAUUGCAGUCGUUGUUGGUACCAUUACUGAUGACAUUAGGGCCCAUGAAGUUCCUGCCUUGAAGGUGACUGCACUGAGGUUCACAGAGACAGCGAGAGCAAGGAUUGAGAAGGCCGGUGGUGAGUGCCUGACAUUUGAUCAGCUGGCCCUCAGAGCUCCACUUGGGCAGAACACGGUACUCCUUAGAGGCCCCAAGAAUUCUCGUGAAGCAGUGAAACAUUUUGGCAAGGCUCCCGGUGUGCCGCACAGCCAUACUAAGCCCUAUGUGCGAUCAAAGGGAAGGAAAUUUGAGCAGGCUAGAGGAAAAAGGAACAGCCGAGGCUACAAGGUUUAAGUUGUUGCUGAUGUGUGCAACAGACCCAUCUAUUAAUUACUAUGCAAAAGAUUUUGUUCCACCCAUUUGGGACCGGAGUUGUUUUGUUUUGUGCUUUCUUGUAUUUCAGACAUUUGCAAUAUCAGUAGUGAGUUUUCAGCAUUUGCAAUAUUUUUAGUUGUUGGAUUGGAGCUUUUAAUUAAAUGUCUAUCAAGGAGUUUUUGUGUUUUUUUU